AUGACCGACCAGAUCAAGGCUACCUUCGCCGCCAAGGCCGCCAAGGACGAGGCGGUCUUUGUCAGUUUCGUCACCGCCGGUUUCCCAACUAAAGAUGACACCACAGAGGUCCUCCUCGCUCUGGAGCAAGGAGGAGCCGAUGUCAUUGAGCUCGGUGUGCCCUUCUCGGAUCCUCAGGCUGACGGACCUGCCAUCCAGGAGAGCAACCAGGUCGCUCUGGAACAGGGCGUCGGCUACACCCAAUGUCUCGACUACAUCCGGCAGGCACGCUCAAGAGGUCUCAAGGCACCCGUCCUGCUGAUGGGCUACUACAACCCGACCCUUGCCUACGGUGAAGAGAGAGCAGUGCAGGAUGCCAAGGCCGCCGGUGCCAACGGAUUCAUCAUGGUAGACCUGCCACCUGAAGAGGCCGCCGACUUCCGUGCCUCGUGUACCAAGCACGGCCUCUCGUACGUGCCCCUCAUUGCCCCUUCCACCUCGACGAAGCGCAUCAAGCACCUUGCUUCCCUCGCCGACUCCUUUAUCUACGUCGUCUCCAAGAUGGGCACCACCGGUGCCACCACCACCGUCUCGAGCUCGCUUCCCGAACUCAUCUCCAAAAUUCGCAGCAUCACCUCUGUCCCGCUCGCCGUCGGCUUCGGUGUCUCCACCCGUGAGCACUUUGUCGAGGUAGGCGAACACGCCGACGGUGUCGUCAUUGGCAGCAAGCUGGUCGCCAAGCUCAAGGAAGCUCCCGCCAACACCGCCGCCCGCGUCGAGGCCGCGCGCUCCUACUGUGCCGAGAUCACCGGCAAGAACGAGGGCGGCAUCCGUCGCAAGCAGCCGCUCAACAUCAAACAGGUCAUGGACCAGCCCGACUCGGUCCCCAUCCCCAAGGUGGACGCUGUCGUGCCAGCUGACAGACCACCCGUUCCUGGUCUGGACACCAUUGUCGACGGCGAGGGCAAGGUCCGACCCCCUCGUUUCGGCAAGUUUGGUGGCCAGUACAUUCCCGAGGCGCUCUUCGACGCUCAUCAGGAGCUCGAGAAGGCCUACCUGGAUGCGCUCAAGGAUCCCGAGUUCUGGAAAGAGUUCGAGAGCUACUACGAGUACAUUGGCCGUCCCUCGGAGCUUUACCCUGCUGACCGCAUGACAAAGGCGGCAGGAGGUGCGCAGAUCUGGUUCAAGCGCGAGGAUCUCAACCACACCGGUUCGCACAAGAUCAACAACGCCGUUGGUCAGAUCCUGCUCGCUCGCAGGUUGGGCAAGACAAGAAUCAUCGCCGAAACCGGCGCCGGUCAGCACGGCGUAGCCACGGCCACUGCAUGUGCCAAGUUCGGCCUCGAGUGUGUUGUCUACAUGGGUUCCGAGGACGUGCGUCGUCAGUCGCUCAACGCUUUCCGAAUGAAGAUGCUUGGCGCUAAAGUGGUGGCGGUCGAGAGUGGAAGCAAGACGCUCAAGGAUGCCAUCAACGAGGCCAACAGAGACUGGGUGACCAACCUGCACAACACGCACUACAUUGUCGGCUCGGCGAUCGGCCCGCAUCCCUUCCCAUCGAUCGUGCGCGACUUCCAAUCGAUCAUCGGCAAGGAAGUCAAGCAGCAGCUUCAGGAGAAGAAGGGCAAGCUUCCUGACGCCAUUGUCGCCUGCGUUGGUGGUGGUUCGAAUGCCAUUGGAAUCUUCCACCCCUUCGUCCAGGACAAGAACGUCCGCUUGAUCGGCGUGGAGGCGGGUGGUGACGGUAUCGAUACCGACCGCCACUCUGCUACGCUGAGCAAGGGCACUCCUGGUGUGCUCCACGGCGUACGCACCUACUUGUUGCAGGAUCAGUUCGGACAGAUCACCGAGACGCACUCGAUCAGUGCAGGUCUCGACUACCCAGGUGUAGGGCCCGAACACUCGUUCCUCAAGGACUCGGGUCGUGCCGAAUAUGUCGCAGCUACCGACGAGGAGGCUCUGCGUGGAUUCAAGCUGUGCACCGAGUUGGAAGGCAUCAUCCCCGCACUCGAGACCUCGCAUGCGCUCUGGUCUGCAUUCCACCUUGCUAAGACUAUGAAGCCGGAGGAGGACAUCGUGGUCUCGCUCAGUGGUCGUGGUGACAAGGAUGUCGAGCAGAUCGCCAAUGCCAUUGCCCAUGGCGGUUGGGGAGAGCGUCUCGGCUGGAACAUUGCCUGA